GGGGCGGGUCCUAAAAUCCUCCCUCUCUCUCCUCUCCAGGUUACUUCCGAGACAACAUCUUCUGCCAUUUCUGUGCCAGUAUGAUCAGCGGGCUGGUGACCACCGCUGCUUCGAUGCCGGUGGAUAUCGCCAAGACCAGGAUUCAGAACAUGCGGAUGAUUGCCGGGAAGCCGGAGUACAAGAACGGUCUGGAUGUGCUGCUGAAAGUCAUCCGCUACGAGGGGUUCUUCAGCCUCUGGAAGGGCUUCACCCCCUACUAUGCCCGCCUGGGCCCCCACACCGUCCUGACCUUCAUCUUCCUCGAGCAGAUGAACAAAUUCUACAAGAAGUUCUUCCUUAGUGCCUAAGAGGAGGCCCUGCCCUGCCGCGGCUGGGCGCCCCCUCCCCAGACCGCAGCCCCCUGCCAGGCCAGCGUCUGCCUGCUGCUGGGGAACCAGACCCGGCUCUCACCGGGGUCCGAAGCAAGGAUCUGGCAGGAGCCCCUCCCCUUCCUGUGUGUUUGGUGUCAGUCACGUCACCGUUCUUCCCUGUUUCCCGAAUCACGUCAAAGGAGCGGCGGAGAGGCUGGCACAGCUUCUGUCUGGACUGAGGUGGGGUGCUCCAGAUGUCUCUGGAUUAUUUAUUGAGGGGGGCCCAAGACUGGGCCGGUACCUUCCAACGCAAGCCCUUGGGUAGCAAUGGCCAACCCGCGUGUGAGCUGUAGGUCUGUGCGUUGGGCUGUUUUUUCUUCUCUCCCCCUUCUAUUUGCUUUGAACUCAGUAAACAGAUCAUGGUCCUA